AUGCCGCCCUCUGAGGCUUCGUCUUCUCCCCCAUCACCCGCCUCGCCCUCAGAAGAAGUUGAGCUCGAGCUGGAGCACGAGACCAACCUCAAGCCCGAAUCCCCUCGCCAGCUUUCUCUUCCUCUCAUACAAAACAUAUCCGCCUCCCAGCUGCAAACUAACAACGUCACUCCCAGGUGUGAGCUGUGCAAGCAGAGAAAGGUCAAAUGCGAUCGUGGUCAACCGGCAUGUGGCUGGUGCACUCGUAAUGGUGCAAUUUGCGAGUACAAGGAGCGAAAGAAGCCUGGCCUUCGAGCUGGCUACGGUCGCGAGCUAGAGCAGCGCCUAGACAAGCUCGAGGAGAUAUUGCGCUCCCACUCCGAGAUCCUCCAGGUCUCGCUCGCCGCCAACGCGAACUCCGUUAUUGCUGCCAGCAUUCGUAAUAGCAACCCAAGCCUCCCCAGCGAGCAGGGCAGCACCCCGCGAGAUGUCCCGACGAACCUCUUCCGCGCCUCGGAGCCCAUUCGGACGCCCCAGGCCGAUACAGCUCUCUUCCUUCAGAAAUCCUCUGGCUCCAACUUCCCACCUGGUUCUCAGAACAUGGACUUUGGCGUUCCUCACACCCCCGGCAUCAACGAUGGGUAUCAUAACCAGGGACCGCUGUCCGCAAUGUCAGCACCUCCCCAUAUGCCGGCCAUGCAGCCCAGCGCCGCUGCUCAGGACUACUAUGGCUCCAGUCACUCUCCCACUGCGCCCAUGUCCUCGGCGCCAGGAACGACAACCCCGGAUCGGGACACGCCACCCUAUGACCUGCUCUAUGCUCUGGUGGAUCUAUACUUCAAGCACAUCAACACCUGGUGCCCCAUUCUCCACCGCAAAACCACUCUCGAUUCUCUUUUCGGCCCCUCUGCACUUGAUGAGACCGACCGGGUCCUGCUUCACGCCAUUGUCGCUACCACAAUGCGCUAUUCCAACGACCCCAGGCUCACCGAGGAGCGGAGAGAGCACUACCACAAAGUUUCUAAGGAGCGCGUGCUACUGUACGGUAUGGAGAACUCAUCCGUCAAGUCCUUACAAGCUCUGGUCAUCCUUGCCCUUGACCUCUGCGGCAGUAGCAAUGGCCCCCCAGGCUGGAACAUUAUGGCUCUAAUCACACGCUCUGUCGUACAAUUGGGAUUGGCCGUUGAGGCUACAUCCUCCACCGUCUCUCCCCAUUACAUGUCCAUCUAUACCCUCCGGGCCAUCACUCUGUCCGAGCCGAAAGAUUUUAUCGAAGAAGAGGCUCGACGGCGACUCUUCUGGAUGAUUUACCUGCUCGACAGAUAUGCGACUAUUGCCACGGCCUUUGAAUUCGCUCUUGACGACAAGGAGAUCGACCGCUCACUACCGUGCCGAGAUGAUCUGUGGAUCAAGAACCAGAAGGUCGAAACUCGGUGGUUCAGGACAGAGGGUCAUCACGAUGAGUCCCCAGAGCAUGAGCCCGACCGCCCUGAGAACCUCGGCGCAUUUGCCCACUACAUUGAGAUCCUAGGCAUACUAUCCAAGGUUCACAAGUUCCUCAAGCAACCAGUCGAUAUCAGUGCCCUGAGCGACGUGGAGCAGUGGCAGAUGCAAUACAAGGAGCUUGACAACAUGCUCACAUCUUGGAAAUUUGGCCUGCCUGGUGAGUUUGGCAACAUGGCCAAGCUUUUUCAACCUGGGAGCAAGAACAUCAACUGCGCCUGGGUCAUGCUUCAUGCCACCUACCACACCGCGGUCAUCCGCCUGCACUCAUCUGCAGCAUACCCAACGACGCGAUCACCCAUCUUUACCCCGUCUUACAGUGCAUCUCAACGGUGUCACAGCGCGGUCGAGAAUGUCGCUGCGCUCGGCGAGUUUGUGGUCAAUAAUGGUAUGCUAGAGAAGCUUGGUCCGCCAUUCGCCUUUACUCUCUGGGUGUCUGCGCGACUUCUCCUGGUUCACGGCUCGACCGUCGAACAUAAGCUGUCCCCCCAGAUCUCAUUUUUCGUUGAAACGCUGCGGGAGAUGGGCCGCUUCUGGCCCGUUGCUGCAAGAUAUUGCCAAUUGCUGCAAAGGGUGCUCGAUGAGCAUCGCGACAGCGAACGCCAGGGCGACGGGGUGACCCCAAGCUCCGUCAAAAUCCUGUCGGAUAUGCGACGCACAGCAUUCGACCUCGACUUUCUCAUCUCUCGGCAGCCACAGCAUGGAGGGUCUGCACUCAGCAGGUUACCCAGCAUCACGCCUGCGAGGACUCCAGCGCCCAACGAGCUGGAGUAUCUUGACGUAUUUGACUUUUUCAACGUCCCUCGCCUGCCAGUGGGUGGUGAGAACAUGGCCAACCACGCUCAAGGGCCGUCGGGCAAUGACAUGGACAUGACAAAUGGCAACGGCUCGGAGUUGGCGGUUCCCAACGAGUUCAACAUUACCAACUACAUGGUCGACGCCAACAGUGACUGGCUUUUUAAGCAAGAAGGAGGGUCAAAAUUCAUGGCAUCUAAUUAG